AUGAAUAGGGCUACAAGAGCAUCAGCGAUAAUCAAUUCUCAGCACAAUCCUUUUCAGCUUAAAACGUCUCUCUUCCAUUCCACACCCGCCGUGGAGCGCAGAAGACGCACCCAUUGGGAUUCCGGAGGAGGAGGUGCUUUCAGGGAUCCACCAAGAGGGUUUAACCAGUAUUCAAAAAGGUUCAGGAAACAAACCUUGUUGCGCAAUGUCAGUGAAUUUGCAGAGCACCUAUUUCAGAGUUGGCAGUCUGACAGUGACGAGGAUGAUCAAUCUUCAAGUCCAGGACAUUCAUGGUUCAGACCUCAUUUCAGGGAUGACAGAUUCAAGAGAGGCAAGUAUAGAAAUAGAGGACCACAAGCCUGGAGAAGACAUUUUGAGUUUGUCGAAGAUGAGGAUAAUGAAUUUGAGACCUUUUUUCGUUCUACGUUUGGUGGAAACCAAUACUUCUAUUGGUCUCAAGAACCAGGAUACAGGAACUCAUCUGGUUACUCUAGUUACUAUAAGUCUUCUAGCGAUUGGAGACAUCGGUUUCAUGAGGAAUACGAUUCCGAUUCCUACACAGAGUCUGAGAGAUCAGAGGCAAAUAUGACUUCUGAUAGGCUGGCCCUCGGGUUGAAUGCAUCAGGUCCUUUAAACCUGGAUGAUGUUAAAAAUGCAUAUCGAGCAUGUGCAUUAAAAUGGCAUCCAGAUCGCCACCAGGGUUCUUCCAAGGUUUUUGCAGAAGAAAAAUUCAAGAUCUGCAGUGCAGCAUAUCAAUCUUUAUGCGAUAAGCUCGCUCUAAAUUAG